AGCAAAUCGUCGUGAGAUGGCCAUGUCGCAGCGGAUCCUGAAGCAUGUGCUCGUUCUGUCGACGGGCCAACACGUUGGGAAGACUACAACGUCUCUAGGGCUCGUGGCGCACCUCCAAGAACGCUUCGGUGCGGAGAGCAACGGAACCUCGAAGAAGCAAGUGGCGUAUUGCAAGCCCGUGGGGCAACAGCACGUACCUGUCGGCGGUGGCCUUCGCGUGGACAAGGAUUCGUUUUUGUUCAAAGAGCACUUUGGACUCAUCCACGACUACAAGGACAUGUCGCCUGUCAUCUUCCCCGAUGGGUUCACGCGCGACUUUAUCGAUGGAAAGGUCACGGCAGCAGAACUUAAAGAAUCUGUCCGCGUUGCACACCGCCGCCUCUUGGACUCAAGCGAGUUUGUGGUCGUCGAAGGGACCGGACACACUGGAGUUGGUUCCAUUUGCGAUAUCAACAACGCUCAAGUUGCAGCCGAGUUGGGCAUGGACGCCAUUUGCAUUGCACUCGGCGGUCUUGGCUCGUCCUUUGAUCAAUUGGCUCUCAACCGUGAAAUGUUGCUCAAGCAUGGUGUUAAGCUGAAGGGGGUCAUCCUGAACAAGGUAGACCCAACUAAGCACGACAUGGUUCAAGACUACUUUUCCCGGGCACUAAAGAGAUGGGACGUUCCAUUGCUCGGAUGCAUCCCGCAGCUCGACGAUUUAUCCCAUCCCUCCAUGUCUGACUACAGCAAACUCUUCCGCAGCGACCUCAUUUCUGGUCAUGACGCCAAGUUGCGGUAUUUUGCCAACGUCCGCCUGGCGCUGGCCCCCGUCGACGCGCGAAACGUGUUCAAACCAGUCCCAAGCCAACUUGUCAUCACACACAGCGGACGUGGAGAUGUCAUUGAUGCCAUUCUGGCCAACCAAGCCGAGUACCGCCAACGCGGUGACAACCUCCAUCCAGGAUUGAUCAUGACUGGUUGGGACCACCCUUCUCCUAGCCUCAUUGCGAGGCUUAACGAAGGCAACAUCCCGUGCAUUUACGUACCACCCACCACAUGCGACAGCUUUCAAUUGACUGCCCGGAUUGCCGGCUUCACGGCCAAGCUCAACCGGUACGACACGAAGCGCCUCAACCAAGCGACCAAGCACGUCCGCGACCAUGUCAACUUUGACAUUUUGGACGUGUAAAUGCGAUGCAAAGAGGUGUGGUAUCCCCAAACGAGAUGACAAGAUGAAGGUAGUGCCGAACGAACAACGUAUUGAGAUCGAUGUAAUAGCAGCACGAUGGUGGUCUGGA